AUGACGUCUGCUACCGCCUCCGGGGACCCGUUCCCUCAGCAACAUAGAAUCCCAGCGGAGGUAGCAAAUGGACGAAUUGUUGUGCUGGGCAUAGAGAGCAGCGCAAAUAAAGUAGGGGUCGGCAUAGUGGACAACUCCGGUGCUGUUCUUGCGAAUCCUAGAGCAACAUUUAUCACCCCUCCCGGAACAGGCUUCCUCCCUCGGGAAACUGCCGCACACCAUCAGGCAAAUGUCACUAAGCUUAUCCAGAAGGCCAUGACCGAGGCCGGUGUUACUUCUGAGACUAUCACAUGCAUAGCUUAUACGGCGGGCCCAGGGAUGGGCGCCCCCUUGGCAGUUGGAGCCCUUGCCGCCAGAACUUUAGCUCUUCUCUGGAGCAAGCCGCUUGUUCCUGUGAAUCACUGCAUAGCCCACAUCGAAAUGGGUCGUUUGGUGACAGGGUGCCGGAAUCCAACAGUACUGUAUGUGUCUGGGGGCAACACCCAAGUAAUCGGCUACAGCGACUCGCGCUAUCGAAUUCUUGGGGAAACCUUGGACAUGGCCAUUGGCAACUGCAUCGACAGAGUGGCGCGUCUCCUGCAUCUUCCAAACGACCCCGCCCCAGGCUACCAGGUCGAGCAAAUGGCUCGCAAGUUCGAUAUCGAAUACCGUGCGAAACACCCUGAGAUACAGGCCACCCCGCUUAUACCCCUCAGCUACAAUGUCAAAGGCAUGGAUAUUGCAUUUAGUGGGGUGCUGACAAAGGCGGAGGAAGCUAUCCAUGCAAUGCAUGAACGCCAGACCAGAGAGGCGAAGACACAAGACUCCGCUACCCUCGGGUCGCUCGCCCAAGCAAAGCAAAGUCUCCAGAGUGCCGCGUCCAGUAAUGGGUGUCUGCACAUUGCCGGCGAUAUUGCGAGACGUGUGCGCACCAAGCGUAGCGCAGGGAAAAUCAGCGGCAGCCCGAGCGAAGGGGCGACUGAGAGCUCCAUUCCUGCGGAGCUGCUGACACCUGAGGCGAUAUGCUACUCCCUGCAAGAAUACCUCUUUGGAAUGCUUGUUGAGAUCACCGAGCGUGCCAUGGCGCUUUGCCACAGCACGGAUGUUUUGGUGGUAGGCGGCGUAGGCUGCAACAUGCGGCUUCAGGAGAUGCUCCGCGAGAUGGCGAGGCGCCGUGGGUGUUCAAUGGGCGGAAUGGAUGAGCGCUAUUGCAUCGAUAACGGCGCGAUGAUUGCCUAUGUGGGGCUGUUGAUGUAUAAGUGCGGCCAGACUAUCCUCCCUACCCAGAGUUUCUACAGGCAAAGGUUCCGCACGGAUCAGGUGGAAGUAACUUGGAGAGCACAAGAAGCCUGA